UAUCUUUCGUAUAAAUUUUGUUCCUGACUUUUUCAUUCCCUCAAACAGCAUAUUUGUGAAGCUGCCAACUUUUUUUCCGUUCCUUUUUCUGAAGCAGCAUUGGAGAAACCGCACAGCUGCUGUUUGUUAGUGCUCUUUAAAACAUUUUUACUCAUCAGGAAUGUUUACCAACCAAUAAAACACUCAUUCUCUAAAUUCGUAUUACUAAUACUACACAAACUCAUCAACUUUGAUUGGACCGGAUGUGAAAUAAAUGUAAAGUCAUGUACAAACGACAGCUGUUCCCCGGCGCUGGAUGACAGGACUAGACUACUCAAAGAUUGCCACUCGUCACCACCAAACAAAUAUCUGUAAAACCAUGUUGGGUCACGCCGAUGGGCGAAUGAAAAUGAGAUAAAAAACGGGCUUUGGCAACAUAAGAGCACCAACACCCGCAGUCACCCAUGCAUAUAUAUAUAGUGUGCAGCGGCUUGUAUAGUCACGGCGCAGAUUGGUAGAGGGAAGGUGUCGGCUGCCAUUCCCUCAGUUUGCUCCUCGAGCAACAGCACUCAGAACAUGCCAACGGCGGCAUCACGACCUGUAGUUUUAGCGCUGGGCUGCCUCCUCCUGGUAAGCGGCACUUCAGCCGCUGGCGAGGGGCACCUGCAGGUGCUGAGCGAGGUGGUGUCGGGUCCCGCCCGCGGGAGGCCGCUGGCACUGCACCUGGACCCAGCCCUUCCAGCAGACGUGCGGUGGGCGGUCGUGGGUGUGGAGGCGAUGCGCAGCACGCCGCACCUCACCCUGACCCUUGACUUCAGCCACAGCCGGCGGCAGGCGGCACCCCCUGGUGACUUAUUCUCCUCCUCUGCGGUGCUCCACGUGGUGCUGUGGCUCACGCCGCGGCCCGAGCUGUUGCAGGCGCUGUGGCUCCACUGGAAGCCACGCAACCUACUGCUCUUCAGCCUGGGGCCGUCCUCCGGCACCGACCUGCUGCGGCACGAGGCGCUCAGCGGCGUGGAGAAUGUGGCGCUCAUCGGACACCUCUCGGCCCAGGCGGACUCACGCCCCGACGCCCUCGGGGUGUACACUGUGCUGCCCUUCUCCCCCGGCGGCGUGCGGCUCCUCGGCCCGUGGCGGCGUGAGGCCUUCGCCAGCUGGGAGGCGCUCUUCCCGGACCGGUUCCUGUCCUUCGAGGGAUACACUUUUCACAUUGCUUCUAGGUUUAUAAGAGAGCCGUUUUUAUACCUAAAUAAAAUAAAUCCAAAAAAGGCUGAAGGAGUCUCAGUGGAGAUACUGAAAGUUUUAUGCUCGAAACUAAAUUUUACAUGCAGCACGACAGCUGACUCUAUUGGUUCCAAUUGGAGCGGCAUCUCAAAGGGCACCUGGAAUGAUGUUUUUGGAAUGAUAGAAAGACAAGAAAAGAACUUUACGAUAAAUUCCCUUGCUCUGAACAUACACCGAGCAGAAAGCUUUGAUUUCUCCACGACCCUCUCCGUGGCUGGGUUCGGGGCCUUCCUGAUGACUCCCCCGCCGCUGCCCAGGUGGAUGGGCAUCGCCCGGGUGUUCAACGGCACCACCUGGAUGGCCACGCUCUCUGCCCUGCUGGCCAUCACCUGUUUAAGACUGCUGCAGGUAAGACGCCUCCUUCAGCCUGGCCCGCGGCACCGCCUGGCUGGCCACACUCAUGGCCGCUACCUGCUGCAGGUAAGACGCCUCCUUCAGCCUGGCCCGCGGCACCGCCUGGCUGGCCACACUCAUGGCCGCUACCUGCUGCAGGUAAGUAGUCUCCUUCAGCCUGGCCCGCGGCACCUCCUGGCUGGCCACACUCAUGGCCGCUACCUGCUGCAGGUAAGACACCUCCUUCAGGCUGCUCGCGUCUCUCCCCUCACCAAAGGUGAGCCUCGCACCUCCACGUUUACAAUCCCAAUGUCUUUGCUGCAGGAGAGGGUGGGCGGGAAGUGUACGAAGGAUGGGGCUGCCACCAGCGCCCCGAGGGGCGGGGCUUCCGUCUGGCUGGACACACAACGACCCCUGGUGGGACAGAGCGUGCCCCGCCUGCCCCGAGCCCUGCCCGCCAGGACCCUGGUGGUGCUGUGGUUCUUCCAGUGCUUCAUCAUCACAGUGGCCUACACCUCCAACCUGGUGGGAAUAUUCACCCGUCCAGCCUACCCACGCCGCCUGCACGACCUGCUGGACCUAGUCAACAGCGGAUACAGGUCUGAUAUAGAAGCUACACUAACACACAGGUGGGGGUCGGGGAGCUACUACGAGGCGGGGGAGCUGCUGCUGCCCAGCAACAUGGUCUGGUUCUUCCCUAAACACACGCCCUGGAAGCACAAGUUUGACCAUGUGAUGCAGCAGCUGCUGAGUGCCGGCCUCGUGAACUAUUGGAUCCAGGACUCCACGGCAAAGCUUAUUCAGGAUGGGACUCCGGGAGGCGGAGGCAAGAUUGAGGCGCAGGACUCGGAGAGGGACAGCGCAGCUUGGCCCCUCUCCCUUCAGCACCUGCAGGGCGUGUUUUAUAUCCUUGGCUUGGCCUGGGCGGCCGGCGGGGCCGUUCUGCUAGGGGAGCUGCUGACACACCGACACAAGCACGGCGCGAGGGUCAACGAGCGGCCACUAAAUCGCAAAACUUUCCUUCCCUCACAAUCCACCGUUGAGUUUUAGCUGAUGAGUAUGGAGGCUGCAGAACGCUUGAC